UGUAUGUGAGUGUAUGAGUAGUGCAGUGAAGACAUCACUUGAAUGUAAUGUUUAUGUUUUGUAUUGUAUUUACGAAACCAUUUCUUAUCAAUUGAACAGUAAUUGUCACCCAAACGGGUCCCGGAAGUGAUGCCCAUCACAGAUGAUGUCCAACUGCCCACCUAUGAAGAGCUCGACGUCCAGGAGAUCAAUAUAUCACAUCCGGUGAUGAAGGCGUCGGCCAUGCAUUUCGGCAAAUAUUGCGAUAAAGUUUCAAAGGAAUUCAUGUUAUGUCGCAUCGAAGAGAGGGAUCCGCGAAAGUGUGUGCCGGAGGGGAAGGCCGUCACCUCUUGUGGUCUCGACUUUUACCGUCAGGUGAAGCAAAACUGUCGAAACGAAUUGGAAAAGUUGUCCAAAUGUAUGGAAUGGACUGAUUAUGACCUCAAGUUCUGGUAGU